UGAUAAUGGCAGACAUGAGGGAGACUGACGAUUCAAACAUAUGAUCAGUUUGUUUUCACGGAUUUCCAGGAUGAGUGCUUCCCCGUAUUUCACCUCAAAAGGAAGACAAACACGCUCGGCGGCUAGAGAAGCAAUCGCAGCUUUGUCAACGAACCAAAAGGAACCAAGAAGGCACAUCAAAAUCGAAUACGAGAAGCGACAUGAAGAAGACUCGUCUAGGGACGACAAGAAAACUGAAGAUGUUGCGGCCAAAAAGCGUAAAAAAGACACAUCCACGGAACAGACACAAGGUUCAACUUGGCAGCCUCCUAACUGGAGAGAGCAGCUUGCUAAUAUUCGUGAAAUGAGAAAAACACGCGAUGCCCCAGUUGAUUCACAAGGAUGCGAGAAGACAGCUGAUGAGAGCCAGUCACCAGAGAGAGGAGUGGGAUGAACUGAAUGUAUUGUUGGUUGGAUUUGGUCAACAGACAUGUCUUCCUGUAAGUCCAAUGUGCAAGUUCUGUCUUAACUCCAAGAUCUGUCCUGAAGGUCGAAGAAGGAGCAGAGGAAAAGCUGAGG